AUGGCGUUAUUGUACGAGAGUGCCCCCGCCUUUGGGAAUACAUGGGUAGAGUGUCUCGGCGAUCUCGGUCUUUAUCGGAUGGCUAUUGAAGACGGUGAUGUCCGAAAUCGUGACGUUUGGGGUGGUGUUGCCCGAUUCUUGUACUCGAAGGCCACGGAUAAGACUCCAUACAUUGGUCCGCAACCCUUCUACUCGGCUAGAGAAAGCAUUUUGGCUUUGUUUGACCUGAUAUUUUCGCCCGAACACAUUAUCGAGAACCGUGUCGAUGCCAGGUUUAUUAAACUUCAUGGUAUCAAUUUCACCCAUAUCGAUCUCGGAAAGUUUGAUGAUACUCUGUUCGAUCGCCUGGGUUACAUUGACAUCCCCCACCCACGCAAGGAAAACCCAAAGCCGCGCUCGCAAGCCACCAAAACCGAUGCAAAAUCUCGGAGUUGUACUGAAGAAUCUUUGAGCUUCUCCAAGGGGCUGGCAUACAAGAUUCUCAGUCUCUCCCUCCAACGAAUCGGGGAUUCGAACGUGUUACCUCGCGUCCACGUACAGCUCGUGUUUCUUGCCUAUGCAGCUAGACUAGAGGUUGGAAAAAGGUCGUGGGAGGCCGCUUCUAGAAGAUUACAUCUUGUGAGGUCUUGA